CUUUCCUUCACGAAUUAGCUGUACCAGUACGAGUUUAAUCAACGCUUCCAAUUGUAUAGCAGCCGGUACAGCACCAGAACUGCAUGCGCAGAUCUCAAAGUAUUCCUCCGCUUCUGCGUCGGAAGAAUGUUCUCGUGAUGUCGACCAGCAAUCUUGCAAAAGCGAUAGGUCUAUAUUAUGCGAAAAUGCACCCACCGUCUCAAAGCGGCGUAUAUCAUCCCACCCGCAUAAUGGUCAAAUCCGGAAAUGGCAAGGUCGAUCGUCGUGAUGGGAUGUGCGAGAACAGGAAGGGCAACUGUGAACGCGCGCGAGGAGACACAUAUCUACGAACGUCAUCAGUCUAUCAGCCCGGGAAAAGAAUCCCGCGUCGCAGAAAGACGAGCUUCGACACGCUUACCCUCGCGAAGAUAGGAUGGAUGGUUGCUCAGCACGGACACGACAAGACGAUAGUUGAUAAUGAGCAGGGUCGUACCUCGAUCAAAGGCAAAUCGUGCUUGCUCUGCCCCGAAAUUACUGCAAAAAUCCUCUAUGUAAUUCAGGGGUGGGCGAGGUGCAUUGGGAACAUGGAACCGAGCAGAUCUGUGAAAGAAUGUGGGGUUUUGACCUUCGGGGAGCAUACUGGCGAGAGCGACUUCUCUGACUUCCUUGGGGGUACUGCUCCUGUUGAAGGUGACGGUGGUAGUGCUCCGGGCGUCAUCGGGGGGACUACGACUACCGUUAGGGGUGAUGUCGCCUCUGCCGCCACUAUUGAUGCAGAGGCGGACGUGGAUGCGGCAGGAGAUGUCGAAGCUGGCUCCUCGGGCUCCAUCACGCGGGGUGGUUGUUCUGAAUCGUGGGUCAUCAUCAGCAUCAUUAUCAUCAGUAUGAAACAUAAAUCACGGAGCUCGGAAAGUGCCCCCAGUGAGCGGAAGGAAUGGGAUGGAUUAUGUAAUCCUACAAACUUUGUUGUCGGGCUGCAAGUUGAAGGGCUCCCUCAGACAACGAUCGUCACCCAACUGCGGAACUCAAACGUGUGCAAAUUGUCGAGGACGACACAGCGGAUGGAUGCAUACAUGUAGACAAGAUCAAGGUGCCGAAUGAAAUUGCUGAACGUCUCCGUGUAGAUCACGGUCGUCAACACCUAAAUAGGAAGUUUCGUCAGGGAGGAGGGAGGAGUGAACUUGUCAUCGUGUGUUGCCGUUCUGC